CAGAAUAAAAUAAGUAUGAGUUAUCACCGUGGAGGGGGUAAUAAGCCAAAAGUUGGGUUUGCCGGCUUUCAAAUGACUGGCACAAAGAGAAGUGGUUCUAACGUACCACCACCUCCACCAAAUUCUGCUCUAAGCAAACAAGGCUAUCAUACUAUGAAUUCCAUCACUGAAAAUGCUUUAUCUGCAUGUUGGGGAAUGCCAAAGAAACGUAGCAAAACCGAGGAAGAAUAUUUUGAGGAUGACGAUGAUCCUCCACCAUACUCCUUGGAAUAUAUUCCGGCGCCUGGAUCUCCCACUUAUGAUUGGAUGAAAAAAUCAACACCAAAGGAAGAUAGCGAUAGUGAAGAAGAUCCUCUAGAUGCAUUUAUGGCUGGUAUAGAUGCGGAAGUUAAAAAAAAUAAUUACGAAGCUCAACUGGCUGAAGAUGAACGAAAAGAAGAGAAAUCUAAGGGAUUCAGAGCGGAUAUUGAUGGUGAGGAUGAUGAAGAGAGUUAUUACAGGUAUAUGGAAGAAAAUCCAACCGCGGGUUUGCAACAAGAGGAAUCUGAUCAAGAAAUCGAAUACGACGAAGACGGGAAUCCAAUCGCUAUUCCAAAAAAAAAGGAGAUAGAUCCCUUACCACCUAUCGAUCAUAGCGAGAUACAAUACGAAUCUUUCGAGAAAAACUUUUAUAACGUUCACGAUGAAAUUGCUAAUUUAAAUAAGCAACAGGUCGACGAUUUAAGAAAAACUUUAGGGAUAAAAGUAUCUGGCCCAUCUCCGCCAAAUCCGGUUACCAGUUUCGGUCAUUUUGGUUUUGAUGAUGCAUUGAUAAAAGCUAUUAGAAAAAACGAAUAUACUCAACCUACUCCUAUCCAAGCUCAAGCAGUUCCUGCCGCACUCAGCGGCAGAGAUAUAAUAGGUAUAGCAAAAACUGGUAGUGGCAAAACAGCAGCUUUUAUUUGGCCAAUGUUGGUUCACAUUAUGGAUCAAAGAGAAUUAAAGGAAGGUGACGGACCUAUAGGUUUGAUUCUUGCUCCUACAAGAGAAUUGUCACAACAGAUUUAUCAAGAAGCAAGAAAAUUUGGAAAAGUGUAUAAUGUUCAAGUAUGCUGUUGCUACGGUGGAGGUAGCAAAUGGGAACGUAAAGCAUUGGAAGGAGGUGCAGAGAUAGUAGUCGCAACACCGGGUAGAAUAAUAGAUUUAGUUAAAAUGAAGGCUACAAAUUUGACCAGAGUAACAUUUUUGGUAUUGGAUGAAGCUGAUAGAAUGUUCGAUAUGGGCUUUGAGCCGCAAGUGCGUUCUAUAUGUAACCAUGUAAGGCCAGACAGGCAAACAUUGUUGUUCAGUGCAACUUUCAAAAAGAGGGUAGAAAAGCUUGCGAGGGACGUUCUAACGGAUCCAGUUAGGAUAGUUCAAGGGGACGUCGGUGAAGCGAAUGCCGACGUCACACAACACGUGAUAGUAUUCAAUAAUAAUCCAACCGGUAAAUGGACAUGGUUAUUGCAAAAUCUAAUUGAGUUUUUAAGCGCUGGUAGCUUAUUGAUUUUCGUAACUAAAAAGCUCAAUGCAGAAGAACUUGCGAAUAAUCUUAAGUUAAAAGAAUUUGAUGUUUUACUUUUGCAUGGUGACAUGGAUCAAAUUGAAAGAAACAAAGUAAUAACGGCUUUUAAAAAAAAAGAAGUCAGUACAUUAGUUGCUACUGAUGUUGCGGCUCGAGGUUUGGACAUUCCACAUAUCAGAACCGUUCUCAAUUACGAUGUCGCUAGAGAUAUCGAUACUCAUACACAUAGAAUAGGUAGAACGGGUAGAGCAGGCGAAAAAGGAACAGCGUAUACUCUUGUAACAGAAAAAGAUAAAGAAUUUGCUGGUCAUUUAGUCCGAAAUUUGGAGGGUGCGAAUCAAGAAGUACCAAAGAGCCUUAUGGAUUUAGCAAUGCAAAGUGCUUGGUUCCGCAAGUCAAGAUUCAAAGGUGGAAAAGGAAAGAGUUUGAAUGUUGGAGGAGCUGGACUUGGAUUUAGAGGAAGACCAGAAGCUUCUUCGACAUCGAGUUGCAGUUCCUCAUCGCAAGGAUCGAAGGACAUAAGUGAAGUUGUUAAAAAAUUAGAAAGACACGGGCCAGGUAGUGAUCGGUUGUCAGCCAUGAAAGCUGCAUUCCGUAGUCAAUACAAUUCUCAAUUCCGGGCAUCAUCAGAUCACACGUGGGAACAAACUAUUACGCGACCUUCGGUGAUAAUGCCUCCACCACCUCCUGUACCUCCAAAACCAAAUACGGAACAAUCAAAAACUCAGGAUACACAAGCUUCCGGAGGAGAAAGGAAGAGAGUGAGAAAAAGUCGAUGGGAAUGAAUAUUAGUGACCGAGAAAGAGAUGCCGCAAUUAUUUUGUGUAUAUUAAUAUUAUUAUCGCUAAUAACAUGUGCGACGAAUGCCGAAUUGUUUUUAUAUUAUAAUAAGAUUUAAUUUUACC